AGCAGCUGGAGCUGGGGCACCAUCAUUAGUGUCAGUGUGAGGAAUAGUGCCCCAUCAUUGGUGUCAGUGGGAGGAAUUUGUCAGUGGGAGGAAUCGUGCCCCAUCAUUGGUUUCAGUGGGAGGAAUCGUGCCCCAUCAUUGGUGUCAGUGGGAGGAAUAGUGCCCCAUCAUUGGUGUCAGUGGGAGGAAUAGUGCCCCAUCAUUGGUGUCAGUGGGAGAGGUAGUGGCCCAUCAUUAGUGUCAGUGUGAGGAAUAGUGCCCCAUCAUUGGUGUCAGUGGGAGGAAUAGUGCCCCAUCAUUGGUUUCAGUGGGAGGAAUCGUGCCCCAUCAUUGGUGUCAGUGGGAGGAAUAGUGCCCCAUCAUUGGUGUCAGUGGGAGGAAUAG